AUGCCACUGGCACGCGCUUCCAGGACCAGCAGCAAGGGAGGGCGCAGAUGCCGACGCCGCAACAAUAGCAGCACCAGCCAGAGCCCUAGCAGCAGCAGCAGUAGCAGCAACAGUAGUAGCAGCAGCAGCAGCGGUUGCCGGGGAGGUCCGGGCGAUAAGAAGAAGGGCUCGAAGGUGCAGGGCAGUGGAUUGUGUGGCAGUUCUUCGUCAGGUGUAUUGACGGUCUCGCUGGCCUCCAAGAGCCGGUGGCCGUCUCGUUCAUCUCAGCCACGGCCCAGCCACUGUCUGGACGCGUUGCUGAGAGAGAAUGUGUUGCUAGCGGUGCUGCCUUUCUUAGAAGCAGCAGAUGCCACGCGACUUGGAGCUUGUUGCACAGACCUUCAUGCAGCUCUCACUACCCCAAGAGUACAGCCGCUCUGGCGCCGCUGGUUUGAGACAAGCGGAUUCGUCUGGUGGCCCUAUGGCGGCGCGUGCGGCAGCUCAUGCAGCCUCAAGAUAGACAGAGAUGGAUUCGUCCUGCGGCAGCGUCAAGGGCAGCAGGAGCUGGAGCAACAGUGGCAAGGGCAAGGGCACCAGCAGCAGCUGCAUUUGCAGCUGCAACUAACGAGAGCAGAAACUAGGCCCGGAGCGGGUUAUCGCCAAUUCAGCCAUGAGGGAUGGUGCUGUCAGUUUCUGUGGAAUGCGCGCUCGUUGCACAAUUGGAAGACCGGCACGUGCGCUUUUGCUGCGUUGCAUACAGACAGCCACAAACUCUGCAUGGUGUCCAUACACCCCAAAGGCGUGUAUGCCUCCAGGGCCGAGGCCACCCCGCUUUCUCCCACUGCAGCACCGCUGCUGCAACGGACUAUCGACUCGCCCGUAGCUGAAACACCGCGACAAGCUCGCCAAGACCAACAGCAGCAGCAACAGCCACACGACUCCUCCACUGCAGCACCGCUGCAGCAACAAGUUAUCCAAUUCCCCACAACUGAAACACCGGGGCAAACUCGCCAGGAGUCGCCCAAUGCAGCACCGCCGCAGCAGCAAUCUGAAACACCGCGGCAAGCUCGCCAACAUCAUCCUCUGCAGCAGCAACAGCAACAACCACAGCCACAGCAGCAGCCGCAGUUAUCGAACAUCAUGUAUGCUGCAUCCCCCAACCGUUUAGCAGAGGCUGAGGCUUCAUCACAGCCUUCAGUCCACUUCACUCCUGGGGUCGGGAGGUAUGUGCGUGCUGUGUUGCAUGCGAAACCGGCUGUGUUGACCGCAGCGGCGGACAGGGUCUUGUGCAUCAUUGACCCUCUCAAAAAGGGCCCCAGCGCCUCCAGCACCAGCUCGCCAUUCAAGUGCGAGGGUGCACAUGGCCACAGCAAUUGCUGUUGCCACCGCGCCCCUAGGGGAACCCACGCUGUCUCUGUUUCCCCUGUCUCUGCUUACGCAGCGGCAGGCAGCAUUUCCUCUUUGGCUUCUCUUGAACUUGAACUUGAGAGUCUUGUUAGCGGAGGCAGCGGAGGCCGUCGAGGCAGCGGCAGAGCCAGGAAGAACGGCGGCUCGCGCCAUGCGGCUGCAUCUGCAACAGCAUCUGUUGCUGCAGCGGGAGUAGGGGAGGGCUUAGGAGAUCACAGGAGGGCAAGCGGCGACGCAGGAGCAGCAGCAGCAACAUCAGCAUCGGCAGGUGAGGUGCGGGAAAUAUGUCGGUGCUGGCCACGUGGAGCGUGGCUGGGCUGCAGUGUGGAUGCAGCUAGUGGCCUCAUGGCUUGCAGCCACCGCUCCACAGAGGCAACUGGUAGUGCCGGCAGAGGCAGGCGAAAGAAAGGCAACAGUGGGAGUGGGGCGGCGGAGCCUUGCGAAUAUAAAGUCUUUGAUCUGCUGCAAGAAACCGAGGUGGCGCAGUUGGCAAUCGAAGGUCAGUUGGUGCACCGCCUAAUUCUCAAUUUCAUUUUCUCUCAAAAUCCCUCUCGCGCUUUUGGCUUCGACAGAUGGCACAGCCUGUGCUUUGCCAAAUACAUAUCUUCGAACUCUGUUUCGUGCGUUGCUGGCCAAAGAGAAUUUUUUGUCUGGACGAUCUCUAAUGCGGUGCCUGGAGAGGCCUUAGAGACUUCCGCGAUUGUGAACGCCCACACCGACGGGAUAUUGGGACUCGACGUCACGGAGACAUACAGUUCCUUAAAGGUUCUCUCGGGUAGUCGAGAUGAGACGAUUAGUUUGUACUCCGUAGAUCCUCUCCUUCGCCUAGCCACUUUUACUGGACACCAGGCGGAGGUAUCGGCUGUCUGUUGGCUGCGCAACGGCGAGGCGGCGCCGUGCGGUCAACAGGGUCCCGGAGAGAACAGGGCCACGGGCAACGGUUUGACGCUCUUAGAACACCAAAAUAGAAUUACGAGGCUCGCCACUUCCUGGGACGGCCGAAUGCUGUUGUCCGGGGAUUCAGAGGGUUUGUGGGAUUUGAGGAAGUGCGCGGACUCCCUCUUGACGGCGAAGUACAAUGGGGCCAUCCUCGACCUCCACGCAAACCGCGCCUUUUGUGUAGUCCGAACAAGUCCUCCCCGUGGUCGUGACACUUUGCAUGUGUUGGACUUCUGCGGAAGGUCCUCGUGA